CUUGAAGGCCUAGUAGGAAUUAGAGAGAAAUGGAGAUGUAUUUUGAUCAAAUCACUAUUUAGGGCUUGAGAAAAAAAAGGAUAUGCACUGUUCAUGAGGAGGGGAGGUGGGUGUUUUUGCUCCGCCGCCAAGGAACUUCACGAGGGGCUCUCCAUCACCCUCCACUCCUCGCCGACACUGAUGGUCCCUCCUCUCCUUUCCUUCUCUUCGACGCCAUCUCCUCCUCUCCUCUUGGUUUUCUCCGCCGCCACCACGUCCAGGAGAGGUGCUCGUUGGAGAAGGCGGCCACCAGGAAGAGGGAGGAGACCACUUUCUCCACCCCCAGCGGCGGUCACAUCUGACACCAGCAGCUCUCUCUUUCCCUCUUUCUCACACCCACCGGCAGCCCAAACGCCUCUCCUCUCGUCGACAGUCCUAGCGAAAGUUACUGCCUCCUCCCUUCUCCAUGCUGGCGCCGCCAAGGAACACUGUCGCCGCCUCCUACAAGCCGAUGCCGCCCAGAAACAUCGCUACCGUCUAACACACGCUGGCGCACACCUCUAUCGCCUCUCACGCCAGCUUCUCGUCGCCUCUUCCUCAGCCGAGGAGGCUGCCGCCGAGCUGUCCCUCUUCUCCUCUCCUCCUCUCUCAUUCGGCAUACGUCGCUGCAUCCAGCAGCUGCCAUCGCAGCUGGCCACCAAGACGCACCUUGUCAUUGUCUCCCGUCAAGAGGGCAGUAGCUCCCUUUUCAAUGCCGCUGCAGGAGCUUGCAGCCACCAUGCGCUGCAGCCAGGUACGUUCUCUAUUCUUAUGCGUAUUUCAUUAUUAUAUGUCUUAGUUUGUUAUUUAUAUAUUCGUUGGAUCUGCCUCGAGCAUCGGGGUACCAGGGACCGGGGCGACUCGAUCGCUAGCUGUAGGUAGCCGAAUCGCGAUACCUCGGAGGGAAGGGGGGGUAUGCUGAGAUGACCUCUAUGUUGACCAAGUCGUCAGAAGUCCUCUGGUCAACGCUACCUCACUUGUUGGUCCAUCUGACUCAGAUUCCGGACAACAUCAGAGGCCAAUGCACUUGAUCUCAUCCGAGGUAGAGAGGAAUCAAGGAACUUAUUAGGAUAUGGCUAGGAUCUUCAAAAGAAAAGACGCGCGACCUUGCAAAGAAAGCAUUGGAUUCAAAUUCUUCAUUUUCUUCCGAGAUGUAUACAAGUUGAGACAGAAAAAAACUCUCGUUGAAGAUUAGUCUUAUUGUAUAACUUACAUUAAUUUGGUUGUUAAAUUUUACACUGUAGUAGAUAAAAUUGUGAUGCCAAAUAUAAAUUUGGUAGUUAAAUUA